AUCAGAGAACAGAAACAAUUUAUUUGAGGAUGGUUUACAAAGUUUCCAGUCUUUUCUGAGAUAUAAGAAAUCUUGGCCUUUCCGACUACAGAUGAAUUCUGCUGUGAGGAAAAAUGCACAUUUACCGGACCCAGUUAGUAUUGGCAUUUCCCACAAAGGAUGACGCUUUCCUUAUACUCAUAUUAUUUCCUGCAACCUUCAACUUGUUUCUUUCUUUGUCAAAUCACUGAAUAGCCAUUAAAAGACUAUAUUCAGGAUUGAUCGUUAUUAACUUAUUUUAAGUCUUCUUUACAGCCUCAUCCUCAGGGUAGUACUGUAGCAUCACGACUCCUUUCUUCUUAACUUUAGAGACUUUAACCUUCAUUUUGGGAAAUCCCUGACAUGCAUCAGUUCAUCCCCCCAUAAUUGUAUAACACUUGCCGUUGUUUAGAAAAGUGUUUGAAUGGAAAAACACGAUUGAUAUGUUUUAAUGUUAAGUAUCAAAUGUUAUGAUUUGAAGAAAUGUUCAGUUUAAUAAUCGGAAAGGAAGACGACAUUGGAGAGUAAAUUACUUUUUUGUGGAUUACCCAAUGAAAAUACAAUUUUGAAUUGAAAGCGCAUCUACCUAUACAAUUUGAUAUUUUUUUCUAUGUUGAAAAUUACGCGGGAUAAACUGAUGAACGACACAAUCGUCUGCACUCACUUAUUAGAUUAAGCGCCCCUUUUGAGAAAGUUACUGCGGUGUUGAUUCAAAGAUUUCAAACCAAACCAAAUAAUUUCGUAAAUAUGAAACUUAAAUCAAUCAAUAAAGUUUCUAAGAAAAGAUGUGAAACAAAUUGUUAAAAGGUUAAGUCAUGUUAUUGGAAACACUUAAGUAUUUAUUAGCUUGAAUAAUGUAUUACUUUGUUAGCAAUAGUACGUCAUUAUUUGUCGAUUAGUUCUUGUAUAAUUAAAUUUUUAAAUUAUUCUCCAGCCGGUAUUGUAGACUGCACUGUCUGACUGCAGGCAUCUCUAAUGAUUUGUAAAAGCUUAUGGAGGCAUGACGUAAUGAGUUAAGUUUUACUCUUAAUUCUAAAUCUAGAGUCUGUCCUAGAGAACGAUUUUUGGACCCCUCCCCCUCCUAUCAAUUUUGUACAUGACUAAAAUUAUUACUAUGGUGAUGAUAUAUUUUUUUAAUGCCGAUCCGGAUCGUUUAGUUUUGUAAGAAAAUUAAUCCAAUGGAUCCGUAUUCUUGCUCCGCUCUGUUCAAAAUCAAUCCAAUGAUUUCGGAUUUUUCCAGUUAAAACAAAAAGGAAAUCCAUCGAAUCCGGAUCCCCAUGAACUGACUAGUUAAUUCCUAAUAUUAUUGUACAUAAAACUCUAUUUCAGAUAAUUGUAAAAUGGUUUGAUCUUAAAGUUGUAAAGAUUAAGAAUGACGACAUCUCAUCAUGAAUAUGAUUAUGAUUUUAUCCCUCCCUCUGAGGCCCCAGUGUUCUCGCCUAAACCAGAGGAGUUCAAGGAUGCCCUGGCAUACUUCGAUAAGAUAAGGAAGAUAGCAGAGAACUAUGGUAUCUGUAAGAUUGUUCCUCCUGAGGAUUGGAAACCCCAGUUUGCUGUGGAUAUUGAUAAACUCAAGUUCACCCCCAGGAUUCAACGAUUAAACGAAUUGGAAGCUCACACAAGGAUAAAGCUGAAUUUUCUUGAUCAAGUUGCAAAGUUUUGGGAGCUGCAAGGAUCUUCAUUAAAGAUUCCUAUUGUUGAGAAGAGAGCCCUCGACCUGUUCACCUUGAAGAAGUAUGUCCUCAAGGCCGGUGGGAUGGCGAAGGUAACCUCCGAGAAGAAAUGGGGAGCAGUUGCCACCACAAUGGGAUACAGUCCUCUCAACGCUGCUAAGAUAGGAGCACUACUGAAGUCUCACUAUGAGAGGAUCCUCAACCCCCUGGAUAUAUUCGAGAAAGAGGAGGCGGCUAAAGCCAAGGAUGAGUCGGAAAGGCAGCGGCAGGAGCUGGAGAAGCAGUUGAAGGAGGAGAAGAAGGGGCGGAUGAAUGCGAAAAUGUCCAAGACGGAGAAGGCGGAAGACGAUUCCAAGAUGUUCUCCAAGGAGCUAGCCAGGUUACAGUUCUAUGGUGCUGGUCCUAAGCUGCCAGGAAUGCCAACCCAGGAUAAAAUGGAGAAAACAAGAGGAGUUAAACUAAACUUUGAAUAUGAUCCACUCGCUAAGUAUAUGUGUCAGAACUGUGGAAAAGGCGAUGUUGAAGAGAAAAUGUUGCUCUGUGAUGGUUGUGACGAUUCAUAUCAUACCUUCUGUCUUAUGCCACCCUUAGCAGAGAUACCGCAGGGGGACUGGAGAUGUCCCAAGUGUAUACUAGCCGAGGUGAGUAAACCCAUGGAGGCCUUCGGGUUCGAGCAGGCACAGAAGGAGUACACCCUCCAGAGCUUCGGGGAGAUGGCGGACCAGUUCAAGUCAGACUACUUCAAUAUGCCCCUGCAUCUUAUACCUAUGAGUCUGGUGGAACGGGAAUACUGGAGAAUAUUAGAAAAUAUAGAUGAGGAUGUUAUGGUUGAAUAUGGAGCAGAUCUGCAUACUAUGGAUCAUGGAUCAGGAUUCCCAACCUUGGGAUCCAAACAUCUUAGUGAGGAUGAUGUAGAUUAUGCUAAGGCCGAAUGGAAUCUUAAUAAUCUCCCUGUUGUUGCAAACUCGAUACUUAAACAGAUAGAUAUUGAUAUCUCAGGAAUGAAAGUUCCAUGGUUGUAUGUCGGUAUGUGCUUCUCUACAUUCUGCUGGCAUGUCGAGGACCAUUGGACCCCGAGUAUAAACUACCUGCAUUGGGGUGAACCGAAGACCUGGUACGGGAUUCCUGCUAAGUACGCAGAGAAGGCCGAGGAGGUUAUGCGUAGCAGUGCUAAAGAACUGUUUGAAACCCAACCUGACCUUCUUCAUCAUAUUGUGACGACCAUGAACCCUAAUGUACUCUCUGCACACGGUAUACCCGUAUACAGGAUGGACCAGUACGCGGGAGAAUUUAUCAUCACAUUUCCCAGGGCGUAUCACGCCGGGUUCAACCACGGAUACAAUAUGGCGGAGGCGGUUAAUUUUGCUCCGCCGGACUGGCUCGAGAUCGGGCGUAAAUGUGUUGAGCACUACAGCCUAAUGAGAAGGUUCUGUGUGUUUUGCCAUGAUGAGUUGAUCUGCAAGAUGGCAUCACGCCCAGAACAGCUGACUCUCCAGGUUGCUGCUGUUUGUUACAAGGACAUGUUGAAGAUGGUAGAGACGGAGAGAGCCCAGAGAGGAGAACUGGUUGAGGGAGGAGUUCGCGCGGCAGAGAGAGAAGCUUUUGAGCUUCUUCCUGAAGACGAGCGCCAGUGCGCGCUCUGUAAAACAACCAUAUUUAUGUCCGCGCUCACUGUAGUGAACGGUCGGGAUGAUCAGGAGAUCGUUUGUCUCCGGCAUUUCAAGAGUAUGGACGUAAAUCCGUCACAGCUUAUACUCAGAUACAGGUACACUAUGGAUGAACUGGCUGUAUUACUCCGUGGAUUAAAGAACCACGCUGAGUCGUAUGAUACCUGGACCGGAGAAGUUAGAUCAGCUCUAGAUGCUAGAGGAGAGGAGAGACUAGAGUUUUCAGUUCUCAAGGAGUUCUAUUCAAAGGCUCAGGAGAAGAAGUAUCCAGGAAGUGAGCUGCUCCUGGCUCUACAGACUGUGGUGGAGGAAGCGGAUAAAUGUCAGAUGGUGGCUCAACAGCUCUGCAGUACUCAGGGAAAGGUUCGGACAAGAUUGGGAGCUGAUGCUAAAUGGAGGUUAACGGUGGAGGAGCUGGAGCUCUUCGUCAAUCAGUUGGAGACAUUACCCGCCAAAGUUUCUAAACAGGAG